AUGAAUAUAUCUGAAAGCCCUGAAAUUAUUCAGGAUGUUGGCACUGUCCUUCUGAGAGAUAUCUUGCAGCUAGUCAUUAUAUCCCUUUUCUUUGGAAUUUAUGCCGUUUUGGUUCUAUGUUUGAUAUAUUCAUAUAGCCAAGGAACAAUUAUAUCAAGGGCCAAAUCAUAUAUGUUUGCUGCCACUUUGCUAAUGUUUACAGGAGCAGCAAUCAUAUGGUUGCUUUCUAUGAUUAUAGUUAUUCAAAGCAUCCAAGAUGUGCUUCUUUUGACAGAUAAUCAGCUAUUAGAAAACAAGUUUCCCAAGAUUAAUCAAGAAACUAGUAUCCUCAGUGUUAUACAAGUAAUUAUCCAAGAAGUUGUUGCACUUUUAGGAAACAUUAUCAUAGUAUGGAGAGCCCAAACACUAUGGAAAACCCAUUAUAUCAUGGUUUUUCUUAAAGGGACUUUUAUAAUAACUACAGUGAUAUUAAUUUUGAAUUCUAUAACUAGUAGUAUUGGAGAUGAGAGAUUACAAAGCUGGGAAUUUUUUUCUGGAGUAUGGAUUCAAAUAGCACAAUGGGGGCUAGAAUUAAUACUAAACUUGGUGGCCACAAUCUUGAUUGCAUAUAAAGCAUGGGAAUAUCGCCAAUCUAUCAAGGCUUAUUUGAUAAAGAACAAAAAAACUCAAAUUGAAAUAAUGCUAGCUUUGCUAGUAGAAUCUGGCAUUGUUUACUGUGGUCUAUGGAUUUUUCUUAUUGGUUCACAAUUUAUAAGUAUUGAUAGCUUUACCAAUCAAUUUGAUGUUAUGAGCUUAUUCUUUACUGGAAUAUAUCCAACAAUAAUUAUGAUUGCAGUCAGUUUAAACAAUACAGUUGAGGAAAUGUCAGGAAUUUCAAUUUCAAAAGUCCAUACCUCUAUUCAGCAAGAGCUUAGAGAUGUUGAAAAUUUAGUGGAAGCAGAAAGAUCAUUGAAGAAACUAGGGAAGAAAUGA